CAAAAACGCAAAGUCGUCGAACCAAAAGUUGACUUUAAGUUAAUUUGUUUUCUCCAAUAAUUUCUUUUUUUUUUCCGAUAAAGAUUAGCUCCACUAUAAGUGUUUCAUUAAGCUGGUCAGUAAACAUGUGAGAGAGGAGCAAUGAUAAUGAAAAAAACAACUCAAGCGUAUCUUCUUCUAAGUUUAGUUCAUAUACUUCUAUGUCUAUCCUUUCAGAUUCGUGCUAUACGCCCUCUUCUAGCUGAGCCGCCAAGUCAAAUCCUAAAUCCACCACCACCCUCGCCCGUAUGGCCCUCUCCACCAUGUGGAACUAAUAUCGGGAGUCAAGUUACGGCAGUAGGAGAGAAUUCUUGCAGACAAAUUCCGAGGCCUCCUAAAACCAAAAAGAAGAAAAUUCCAAAGCCUCUUAAAACCAAAAAGAAGAAAAUCUCAAAGCCUCAUGCAGCAGUUCCGUGAUCUCCAAACAAGAGUGUGUGGGAAAGGCUUUCACAGAUAAAACUACCACUUAGAAUCCUUUUUUGGAAUACACUUAUCCUUUGAAAACUCAUCAAGUAUUUUAUUGGAUUGUACAAUAAAUCCUCGUUCUUCAAUAAAUAUGUUAUCUCUUUAGUAUCAUUUUGAUGUUUGAUUCAAUGCUCAAAACUGAUGAAACUGGACCAUCUCAUCUUUGACAUUGAUAUCUAAUUUUAUCUUACAUUUCAUUUAGAGAUGAUGACGUAUUUCAUUUUCUGAAGUAAAAUUAUAUUUACAAAAUCCAUGUAACAACAGCUAACAUGU